AUGUCUUACAAUAAAGUAGAAGCAGUUCGAGAAAAAUCAGAUGCUGAAAAGUUGAUUCUUUCUAAUGAUUAUGUUGCUGCUAGAACAAAACUCAAGAAAGCCCAACAACUUUUUCCAGCACUGGAUCACAUUGCCCCAAUGCUUACUGUUUGUGAGAUUCUUUCAGCCUCCACAAACAUAAUCCCAGGUUAUGAAACCGAUUACUACUGGGUUCUUCAGCUUAUGCCUUCAUCAAACCUCACAGAUAUAACUUCUCAAUAUCAGAAACUCGUGUCCUUAUUACAACCUAUAAAAUACAAGUUCCCUGCUACCGAAUUGGCCCUUAAGCUUUUACAUGAAGCAUAUUCUGUGCUUUCUGAUAAGAAGAAGCGCGUGACUUUUGAUAUAAAACGAGGUAUAAGUUGGGUAAAUUACGAAUCUUUUGAACUCAACCCGAAUGCGAUUUCCGAUAACAAUGGUGACAAAGUUCAUGUCAAUAACAUAUUACAAGAAUCUGGUUCUUCCUCUUCGGAUGUUGUUUCCGAAGGGCAUAAAGGUCAAGACAUGGAUAUUAAUUCGGUAUCACGUACACUAAAGGGUGUUUUAAAAAGGGUCGAACAGGAUUAUUACGGUUUUGAUAGUUUCAGGACACACGAAUGUUUUGAAUUAAGAGAUAUUUGGGCUGUUCAUUGCUGUUUACGUGAGCCUUUCAUUGGUGGUAGAUACGGGCAAAUUUGUAAAAAAUCAGGAGGUGAAAUUGAAGUUACAUGGUUGAAACCGAUUCCAGUUACUGAAGGUGAAAGAAGAUGGUUUGAUGCGGGUUUGCCUGUUGCUUGUGGAUCGUUUUGUUUGGAUACAGAAACAAAUGGAAUCAUCGGGUCGAAAGGGGUAUUUUCGUACAAAUGCUCAUGGGAUUCCGGAGUUACAGAGGAGUUAUUCGAGAUUUACCCGAAAAAGGGCGAAGUUUGGGCGUUAUAUCAAGAUUUUGACCUCGAAGAAUGGUCCUACAAUCCUGAUGUCAUACAAGACUGUUCUUUUAAACCAUUUGAAAUCGUAUCCGAUUAUUCGAUAUACACAGGAGUCGAGUGCUGUCCAUUGGUUAAAGUGAACGGUUUCAAAAGCAUUUUUGAACGAACCGAGGACGAAAAUGUCAUUCUACAUGUCGGGCCACGAGACCUAUACAUGCUGGCCCACAACAUUCCAGCGUAUAGAUUUACAGGUGGCGAGAUCGAUGGGGUCCGCAACGGCAUGUUUGAGCUCGAUCAAUUAGCUCUGAGAAACUCAAGUCAAGAACCCGAGGAUUCAACUGUGGCUAAAGAGAAAGAGCCCGAGUUUGUGGACCCUACACCUGGCCCAGAUAGCACGGUUUUGGGCCCAAAUUGGUCUGUAAAUGACUUCACAAUGGGCCAGGUUUGGUCCGUGUACACCGGGAAAGACCUGAUGCCUCGCCAAUACGUUGUAAUCAAUAGCAUGAUUUCACCGACCCGGUUAUCUGCAACGGUUCUCGAACCGGAGCCCGUUCCGGACAUCGAUCUGAGCUGGAAAAACCGGAAUUUCCCGAUUGUUUGUGGUAUGUUUAGAGCGAAAGACACCGUACUCAAUUUUGACUUAAGUCAACUCUCGCAUUCGGUUAACUGCUACAAAAGCAUGAGUGCUUCGGUUUACAAGAUCUUUCCGUUAAAGGGGGAGGUUUGGGCGGUGUUCAAAAAUUGUAAAUCGGGAUUUAAUCGACUGAAUUAUGAUAAUUAUAAAUGUUGGGUGGUUGAGAUUUUGUCUGAUUUUUCUGAAGGGGAGAAGAUGAUGGUGGUUAGAUUGGUGGAAGUCAAGGGUUGUUUGACUUUUUAUGAGCGAUUGCAAGGUGAAGAUGGGUUUGAAAUGGUUCGUGGGUUUUCAAAGAGAGAAAUGUUGUGUUUUUCGCACCGGAUUCCGGCUUUCCGGGUGCCCGGAAUUGGAGGGCAUGGGAUUCCGGAGAGUUCUUGGCAUUUAGAACCGGUGGCUUUACCACCACCAAAUACCUGA